AUGAGUCAAUUUCAACUAUUUCCAUCGACAUCGCCGGAGCCAAAGGUGCCCAAGAACCCGUUUCGUAAGGGUAUCAAGAAGCCAGUCUCGACUGUUGAGUUAGAGGCCUCAAUCCCUCUCGAUGAUCUCCAGGAUUCCUCCAAAACAAGCGAGUCAGUGCUACUACAAAUUAUCCAAGAUACUCAGACUCUUCCUCCCCUCCUCCUUUACCAGCACAUCUUGCGCGAUCAAAAUCUCCUUCCAAAUCGGUCUCAUCUUAUGAGUCCUUUUCUCCUCAAUCGUCCCGUAGCCGAAGUCGACAAGAGAGUCGACCAAAUCAUCGAGCCUUACCGUCGCAAAGUAUCUUCUCAAUCGUCUGUUUCGCCAGUUCCAAUGAGAUCAAUGUUUCCUCAAUUUGACCCCAAGCUUCCACUUGAUCAGCAGGGCUCGCCACCCAUGUCGAGCGAUACACCUGAGGCGAUAAGGAAGGCUCGGAGGCCUAAGUUGACGCUGGCUUCAACUUCUGAAAUUGACCAGUUUCUCGGCCCAAAGACUGUGCCUGCGAGUGUACUGAACUUUCCGACUGGGGUUCUGGAAUCUGACGAGGUUCGAUUUUCUUCACCGCAUGAAUUGGAGAUGUUAUGGGAGGCUGCAAAUGGACAGCGACCACAGCAACUAUAUGGCACAUUUAAUCUGCGACUGACAAAAACCGGUCCUGCAACCUUCGCAUUUGGAAACUCCCAACAACCAUUUUAUACGUUGCAGACGUAUUCGAAUAACGAAAUAUCGAUCUCUCGGGCAGCGCCAUCAAACCCUGAUAAUGAUGUUCCAAUCAUGACAUUCAGUCUUGAGGACCGCAGUCGUCGCGACCACCCCAAUGACGGACUUAUUGCACUCCUCUUUUCGCGGCUUGCUGCUAUGCUUGCGAUCGAUCAGGCCGCCGAACUCAGCAAAAAACACAACCUCGCUGGAUCCGAGGCCUCGGAAGUCGAGAGGAACGCCCUCAAGCGAGCCGCAGCUCAGGAGUCAUGUCGACUAUCUUGGAAUCGGAAUCUAAGACUUUACGAGCUUCGUCAUCCCUCAUUAUCUAAACGAAAUCCUCCUGCCCUUUUGGGAGCUGCAGGUAUACCGCUUUCGCCUGUGCAGGCACAGUCAUCCGGGGUUCUUUACAUCACUGUCUCUACUCCAUCGAGCGAUACGAGCCCUAAGCAGCCUCCAACAAUUAUCGUCACUGGUCCCGUGUCUUCUACUGCAUUCGAAGCCGCGCAACAAGCUGCCAAUCCUCGCACAUCGACCUUACCUGCUCCAGACUUGGACGAGCCCCUCGCAACUCUAGACUUUGCCACUCGAACAUUCUCUAUCUGUCCUGCAGCUGUUAUUGCCACAAUUCCAUCAUUAUAUGCAGUCGAUUCCUUGAUUGCAGCCAUUCUGGCAGUGGCUGUAUCAGAUGAAUCCACCAACCCCAUCCUCGCAGAUAUGGAGCUCGGCUCUCCCAAGUCAAUAGCGCCAAGCGUAAAGUCAAUGUCGCGACAGGGUCAGCCAUUCCGUGGAAAGCUCAUUACAACUCUCGCAGAGCGCGAAGACUAUGCUGAGAGUAUCGAGCUGGCCUCUCAAAUCGAGUCAGCAGCUGCCAAAUCUGCUGCUCAUCCGAAAAGUAACUAUUUGAAAUUCUGGAGCCAGAAGAAUGUCACACCGCAGGACGUCAAGGAGUCAUCGAAGUCCAAGAAAUCCAAAAAUAAGCAAAUCGUGGUCGAAGAAUUCGACCUUGAGAAAUAUGGUCGCUACGGUCGGACCUCCUCACGCGAGGGGGAGAAACUCCCCGGAAUAGUCCGAGGGAUUUUGAGAAUUCUCUUUUUUGCUUUGGAUCUAAUAGUCAAAACAUUGACUGCUUUUGUUAAAGUGUUGGCAUGGCUAUUGGUAAAUAUGACUCGUUGUGUGACCAGUGAGAAGUUCUAA